UUUUAGUGUAAGUUUUGACAAUGACAACUGAAGUUGGCUCAGAGACUGAAGUAAAGAAAGAUUCCGAGCAGCUGGGACCAGACAAAGCCAAGGACAAGCCUGAAGAAGCAUUAGAGACUCCAGAAAAUCAAAAGUCCAGGGAAACAUCCUCUGAAGAAGCUCAAGAUUCUUCCUCUGUCCCAGCACCAACUAGCCAAAGUAGUCCAAGUAGCCAGAAGAAGGAAAAAGCUUCACCUGAAAGCAAGGGUAUUUCUCGUUUCCUUCCCCCCUGGCUUAAGAAACAAAAAUCAUACACCUUAGCAGAGCCCAAAGAUGAGACAAAGAAAAGGACCACAGGGGAAGAACAAGUAGUUGAAGAAAGUGAAUGCCAGACAGCAGAGGGGGUGGCUCAGCCAAAAAAGAGCUUAGAAGAAGCAGCGGCUGAAAAUCUGCAUAAUGCUAAAGCAGACAAAGAAGAAAAACACUCUGUUAGUAGAGCUGAAACACAGCCUGCCAAAGAAGAUGGUAAAGAAAUGGAAGUAGAGAAAGUUGCAGAGGAAAAGGAAGAAAAACAAGAUGAAAAAGAAAAAAGGGAGACAAAAGAAGUUCAGACAGCUGAAAUUAAAACAGAAAACAUUCCUCAGAAGUCUCCCAAGAAAAUUAAAUCUGUGCAGUGUAAAGUAAUGCUUCUGGAUGGCACGGAAUACAGCUGUGACCUAGAGCUGAGCAAUAACUGUGAAGAUGUUCUGGCAUUUGGUUUGAUCACGGAGUUUCACAAGUGCGUUGUGAAAUACCAAUUUCAGAAUUUGUCACCAAAUGUUGCUGCAGGAGUACAG